GGAAGAAAACAAUGACACCUAUAUUACUUCCUCUCUAACUGGGUGCAGAAGUUGAUAGAUUUGCUGCAGUAUUCCAGAAAAAAAUGGCAACUCCAUAUGUCCCUGUGCCUAUUCCUGUAGGAAAUUCUUCAUCAAAUUUUACAACAAACAGAAGCCAAAGAAGUUCUUCCUUUGGGAGUAUUUCAACAAGUUCAAAUUCUUCCAAAGGCCAACCAGAAGACUCUAAUGUGGGUAGUUACAAAAAGACAACUAUGCCUGAUCAAAUGGAUAGCAAUUCUUCUAUGUGUAGCAGCCCUUUUAUUAGGACUAAAUUUACAGGUAUAGAAUCUUCCAUUGAAUAUUCUACUAGGCCAGUAGAAAAUGAAGACCAAAGUACAGAAUCUGUGAAUUGGGAAGAAAGACCUUCUACACCUACUAUAUUGGGUUAUGAGGUGAUGGAAGAAAGGGCUAAAUUUACUGUAUAUAAAGUGCUAAUAAGAAGAAGCCCAGAAGAAAGCUGGGUUGUUUUCAGAAGGUAUACUGAUUUCUCUAGACUGAAUGACAAAUUAAAAGAAAUGUUUCCAGGCUUUCGGCUGGCCCUUCCACCAAAACGCUGGUUCAAGGACAACUAUAAUGCCGAUUUCUUAGAAGAUAGACAAUUGGGACUUCAGGCAUUCCUACAGAAUUUAGUGGCUCACAAAGACAUUGCUAAUUGCCUUGCAGUAAGAGAAUUUCUUUGUCUGGAUGAUCCACCAGGUCCAUUUGAUAGCCUAGAAGAAAGCAGGGCUUUCUGUGAAACUCUAGAAGAAACAAACUAUCGAUUACAAAAAGAGCUACUUGAAAAACAAAAAGAGGUGGAAUCACUGAAGAAAUUGCUACAUGAGAAACAACUUCAUAUAGACACUAUAGAGAACAGAAUUAGGUUAUUGUCUUUAGAGCAUGAAGAAACACUUAGAAUUUCAAGAGAGGGUGAAUGUAUCAGAAAGGUAGAGUCUUCUGCAAUUGAAGCAGAUCAAGAUACCUUGGAUGAAAAAAACAGGUCUGAUAAGAUUCCCAAGGGUGGCUGGACUGAUUCUGAACCUGAAAAAUCAAUUCCUGAAGUGGAGGUAGCUGAAGUAGCCUACGCUGCUGAAGAAGAGUGAGAAAUCAGCAGCAACUGCUGCCAAAAUCUGAAGAUUUAGCAAUUUGGACUGGAUUAUGUUUUAGCAAAAACACUUAUUUAAAAAAUAGAACAGAAAUUGUAAAGCAUUUACUGAAGAAGA